AUGUCUUCUCUUAUAUCUGAGACACAGAAUGCAUUCGUGCCAGGCAGGCUUAUGUCUGAUGAUUGUUUGUUGGCACAUGAAUUGAUUACUUUUGUUAACAAUUGCCGGAAUAGGAAGAAGUGUUAUGCUGCGAUUAAGCUGGACAUGAAUAAAGCUUAUGACAGAGUCCGCUGGGAGUUCUUGUUUAAGGCUCUUACUUGUUUUGGGUUUCCUCCUUACUGGAUUCAUAUUAUUCGUCAGUGUGUAUCCACGGUUUCUUACCAGGUUCUGGUGAAUGGGGAGCCUACUACUUCGAUUCGUCCAUGUUGUGGCCUGCGUCAAGGAGAUCCUCUCUCCCCGUAUUUGUUUGUCCUAUGUAUGGAAGUGUUUUCUGCUUCCUUGCGUUUGGCAGAGCGUCAGCAGUUAAUUCAUGGGAUUUCUGUCUCCAGGAAUGCCCCUCCAAUUUCCCAUCUAUUCUUCGUUGAUGAUUCCUUGUUAUUUUUGGAAGUUUCUCCUUCUGCUUGUCAACAGGUGACCCUGGUUUUGGAUCAGUUCAGUAAGCUUUCGGGCCAGCUGGUUAAUUAUCAGAAAUCUUUCGUUAAGUUCAGCCCUAAUACUCCUGAUGAUUACCGGGAUUUUCUUUCCUCUUCUCUAAGAUUAGGCCAUCGGCCUCAUCCGGGGAAGUAUUUGGGUGUUCAGGUGGAUUUAGGAAGAUCGAAAACCUCAUCUUUUAAUCAGCUGGUCGACAAGAUUGCCCGUCGUAUUUCAAACUUUGCCUCGCUCAGGCUUUCUGCAGCGGCUAAGUUGGUUUUGAUCAACUCUGUGUUGGUGGCCUCUAUCUCCCAUGUUCUGUCUGUUUUCAAGAUUCCUCAAUCCGCUUGUGACCGGAUUGAUCAGUUAUGUCUGCGUUUCUGGUGGCGGUCUUCGCCUUCAUCGUCGGGUAUGGCUUUGCGUCCUGCCUCCCUGUUGCAUCUGCCUAAGGGUAUGGGAGGUCUGGGUAUUCGAAACAUGUCUUGUUUCAACCAAGCCCUUCUUGCCCGGCAAGGUUGGCGUCUCAUUUAUCAUCCGCAACUGCUGUUAGCUCGUAUAUACAAGGCCAAGUACCCUGGGUUGUUCGUCCCGGGCUCUUCUCCUCCAUCCAGGCCUUCGUGGGGAUGUAGGGGGAUCAUGGUUGGUAACCAGGUGCUCUCACAGGGGUUAGCCUGGAAAAUAGGUUCUGGAGCUCGGGUCCGGAUUACUCUGGAUUCUUGGGUUCCGAAUGUUCAGGUUUCGUUCAGAGAUUCUGUGCAUGAGUCGGAUUAUCCGACUCUUGUUUCCUCUUUAAUCAAUCCGCGUUCAUACGCGUGGGAUGUUUCUGUGGUUCGUCGGUUGUUUGACAAUUCCACAGCCAAUGCCAUUCUGUCUUUGGAACGGCCCUCAGUUCCUAUGGAUGAUUUUGUAUAUUGGAAAUUCACUCCUGCUGGUUUGUUCUCCGUUAAGUCGACAUACGUUGCUCUUGAGGACAAAGGGUCAUAUUCAGCUCUGCAUUUGCUUUCCAUCCCAGUCAGCUGGUGGAAGCGGUUUUGGGGUCUUCAUAUUCUCCCUAAAUUUAAAAUCUUUAUUUGGAAGUUGCUGCACAAUGCUUUGCCAGUUGCUGCACUUCUUCAAGCAAGGGGUUUGCCUCUGGAUCCGCAUUGUUGUUUCUGCCAUUCUGCUCCGGAAACGGUUGAGCACUUAUUUUGUCAUUAUCCCCUUGUUCGUGCUUGGUGGCCUGCUUCUCUUGGGGGUUCCCUGAUUUCCCGGCCCCCUCCUGGCAUGUUUGCCUCUUGGUGCGCAGAUAUGAUUUCUAGAUUUUAUUCUUCUGGUACGCCUCAUCUGGUGUUGGGUUCUUUUUUGGUUGCCCUUUGGUCCUGUUGGGUUGUCAGGAAUGACGUUCGUUUUCGUGGUUCAUCGUUUUCGGAGGCAGCCUUAUCUGUAGUUUUUGAUUCUUGGUCGGCUCGUCUUAAGGAUGUGGUAAGGUUUGUGGUUUCUCCUGGGGUUCCCGAGUCGGGUUCUAGGCUGCAGGAUCCUCCUCCGCUUCUUUUCUCUGGUGGGUUGCAGGGUUUGUUCCCCCCUCAGUAUACGGUUCGUCUUGUCUUUGAUGGUUCUUGGAUUCCAGGUUCUAACCAAGCUGGGGUAGGCUGGACUUUCACAGACUCUGUCUCCUUUGCUUCGCUUGGGGGAGGUGCGCGGGCUUGUAUUGUGGACUCGCCUCUCCAUGCGGAGCUUAGAGCCUGUGUUCUUGGGCUUCGUGCUGCUGUGAAGCGAGGUUUUUCUUCUCUCUUACUUUUCACAGACUCAACCAUAUUGAUAAGGCUGUUGCAACGUCUGCUUCUCCCUCCUGUGUUGGUUUCUUGGUCUCUUGCUGAGGUUCAAGGGCUUUUGGAUUCGCUUCAGUCGUUCUCCAUCUGUAAGGUGCCUAGAUCGAUGGUUUCUGACGCCCGUGAUCUUGCUGGCCGGGCUCGUCGCCGUCAAAUUAUCUCGCUUUCAUUUUAA